AUGUCGAAUUUGUCAAAGCUUGAGUUUGUGGCACUUGACAUUUCUGGAAAGAAUUACCUAUCAUGGGUUCUCGAUGCUGAGACUCACUUAGCCGCUAAAGGCCUUGGUAACACCAUUACUCAGGGUAAUGAGGCAUCAAGCCAGGACAAAGCGAAGGCCAUGAUUUUCCUUCAUCAUCAUUUGGAUGAAGGUUUGAAGGUUAAAUAUUUAAUAGUGAAAGAUCCACUUGAAUUGUGGACUGGCCUGAAGGAAAGGUAUGAUUACCUUAAGGCUACGGUAUUGCCAAGGGCUCGAUAUGAGUGGAUGCACUUACGGUUGCAAGAUUUUAAGACCCAAUAUCGUGAAAGGGGUUUUAAAAAGUAUUCUGAAUUGAUCUCAUGCCUUCUGGUGGCUGAGCAACAUAAUACCCUUUUGCUAAAAAAUCAUGAUGCCCGUCCCACAGGGUCAGCUCCGCUUCCUGAAGCGAAUAUGGCAGCUAGACGUGAUAAGUCUGGAAAAAGACGGAAUAAUAAUCAUGGCCAUAUGAAUGUACGUGGGCAUGGAAAUGGUAAGAGACGAUAUAAUAGUCGUCAUCAUGGUGGUCAUGGCAAACGAGAGAACAAUAUGGGUUCUCAAAACAAUCCUUCAAGAGGCAAAAGCGGUAACUGUCACCGCUGUGGCAUGAAAGGUCAUUGGAAAAUUGAAUGUCGUGCACCUGAGCAUUUUGUCAGGAUUUAUCAAAUCUCCAUCAAAAGAAAGAAAAAUAAUGUUGGAGCAUCUUCUGCUAAUGCCUCAGUGGAGUCCCACUUGACCUUUAAAAAUGAUUUUGAGGCAGGGCCUUCAAACAAAAAUGAUGACAAUGCCGAGGCAAAUCUUGCUUUGAAUGAUGAUGAUUUUCAAGGACUCGAUGAUCUUACUCAUUUGGAAGUUGAAGAUUUCUUUGGAGAUCAAAACUAA